UCCACCACAGUAGAUUUCUGGUUUUUUGCCAACAGUGUUCAUUAUUCUCUCAACAUUAAUUUGCUUUGGACGUUUCGUUUGUGAUGCUGCUUCUCUGUUUUGGCGCUUGUCGAUAUCUGGAGCCAUUGUCGUACCGCAUUUAAUACUGUUUCAGUGCUUGUUUUUGAGAUUGAUUCAGAAGGAAGAACCCCAUUUUUUUUUGUCUCUGUAAUCCCAAAAAAAGGAAAAAAAAAAGUUCUUAGAAAGCAACUUUUUGGAAAACCCAAUCGUCGAAUCAGACUCUUCUUCUCCUUUGUUGCAAGUUUUAUUGGUUCUGAAGAAAUGAGAGAAAAAACCCCAUCUGCUUCCUCCUCUUCUUCCUUCUUCCUCUUCUGAUGGCUUCGUACCGACAAGGAAUGGAAAUGGAACACGCUGGUGCCUAUUUGGAAGCCAAGAAAAAGCAACUCCCUGAUAGUCAUGUUCUUCAGAAUUCAUUGAAACAGGAGAUUCAACAGCUUCAAGAACAACUACAGAGCCAAUUUGUCAUUCGCCACGCCUUGGAGAAGGCAAUAAACUUUCAGCCUCCCUCACUUGAUUCGGCAACCGAAAGCUCGAUCCCAAAGGCUGCAAUGGAACUGAUUAAGCAAAUCGCGGUCUUGGAGUUAGAAGUCGUUUACUUGGAAAAGUAUCUUCUGUCGUUAUACCGUAGAACAUUCAAGCAACAAGUGUCCUCUUCUUCAACCAUGGAUGAUAGACUUGAAUCCUAUUCUGGGCCUCUUUUUGUGAUAGAGGGAGAACACAAACAUUCUUUCAUUCAUUCCGACCAUAUCGUGUCACCUCAAACUUCAUUUGGCAAUCAAUCAAAAGGAAGAAAUGAAGUCGAGGAACCUGAGAAGCUGUCACACUUGCAUCGUAGUUAUUCAUCUCUUUUGCGGCGAUCACCCGGUUCAUCUACAAACUACCCUCUGUCAAAGUCUGUGGCCAAAGCAGUAGAUUCAUACCAUUCCCUUCCAUUAUCAAUGCUGGAGCAAUCUCAGAGUGAUGCUUCAAAUUCUAUGAGCCUCGGGGAGCAUUUCGGAGCCCAUGUACCUGAAAGAGCACCCAAGUCGCCGAACUGGAUUUCCGAGGAGAUGAUCAAGUCCAUCUCUUUAAUAUACUGUGAACUUGCUCAACCUCCUUUGAUGAAUAAUCAUAACAAUCCUUCUCCAAUCUCACCAUUGUCAUCGAUGUGUGAGCUUUCUUCACAAGAUCACUUGGGGAGCAUGAGGAACUACGAGAAAUCGUUCAACUCUAAUUUCGGUAACCCGUUUCACAUCGAAGAAUUUAGUGUUCCAUACUGCACAAUGUUGAAGGUGCAAUGGAUUUCUAGAGAGAGAAAGAAGGACUCAGAUAUCAACCACAUGCUCCAAGGCUUUAGGUCUCUUAUUUAUCGGCUCAAAGAAGUUGAUCUCAAAGCGAUGAAACAUGAAGAAAAGCUCGCGUUUUGGAUUAAUGUACACAACACACUUGUUAUGCAUGCAUAUUUGCAGUAUGGGAUUCCCAAAAAUAGUUUGAAGAGAACAUCUUUGAUACUCAAGGCUGCAUAUAAUGUUGGAGGUCACAUAAUAAGUGUAGAUAUGAUACAAAGCUCAAUUCUCGGGUGCCACUUGCCUCGUUCGGGACAGUGGCUGCACCUGUUCCUCUCUUCGAAAACAAAAUUUAAAGUUAACGAUGCUCGGAAAUCCUUUGCGAUCAACCACCCCGAACCUCGGUUGUACUUUGCUCUAUGUUGCGGAAGCCAUUCUGACCCUGCGGUUCGAAUCUAUACGGCCAAGAGGGUGAAUGAGGAGCUGGAGGUUGCAAAAGAAGACUACAUCCUUUCAAAUUUGAGGACACACAAAGGGCAGAGGAUUCUCCUCCCAAAGCUUGUAGAGUCUUUUGCCAAGGACUCAGGAUUAUGCCUGGAAGAUUUGGAGGACAUUGUGGAGCAUUUAAGGCCCAAGGGGCGGAUAAACGACAUUCAGCAGCAGCAACAGAAGAAGAUGUGGAAGAGUAUUGAGCGGAUACCUCACAACUUCACCUUCACCUAUCUGCUAUCCAAGGAAUUGGCAUGUCAGUCGUCCCUGUCUUGAUAGUUACAUUUCCAAGUUGGUUUGUUUUUCUCCACAGCUUUGAAAUGGAUGGUGCGAAUAUGAAGCCUUCCGAGGUUCGGUCUUGAAGCUACAUCAACUCAUCGUUCGAUGUUUCGAGGCCCCAACCCCAAUAGUUGAGGGCUACAUCCAUUUAUGAGUCAAGAUUGCAGCUUGGAAUGACAGAUGAAUCAUAAGCAUAGCACAGCAUAGCCGUUGUGGUUGAGAAUAA